AUGGUUAAUUGUUUGAUUUUGGUCGCCAAGGCCCUUAUAAUACCAGUUAACGAUAAUGAACAAAAGUUAUCUGUUACGCGAAAGGUUCAUAUCAAAUUAAGUGACGAAUUUGAAUUUGAUUUUUGGAUAAAAGUUGCUAUAACUACAACUUUGGUUUUAUCUGGUGGAUUAUUUGCCGGAUUAACUCUUGGAUUGAUGAGUCUAGAUGAAACUAAUCUUCAUAUUCUCGCAUCUUCGGGUGAUCCAAAGCAAAGGAAAUAUGCAGCAAGAAUUCAACCAAUUAGAAAAAACGGACAUUUGCUUUUAGUAACACUUUUAAUUGCGAACGUAGUAAUUAACGAAACAUUACCAAUUAUUAUGGAUGAUGUUUUGGGUGGGGGUGGUGUAACUGCUAUUUUGGUGUCCACUGCACUUAUAGUCGUGUUUGGAGAAAUUAUUCCUCAAUCCGUAUGUUCUCGUUAUGGUCUUGCUGUUGGUGCUUUCUUUGCCUGGCCAGUUAGAAUUUUAAUCUGGCUAACUUUUCCAAUUUCAUAUCCAAUUGCAAAAUUAUUAGAUUGGGUUCUUGGUGAAAAUCAUGGAAUUAUUUAUCGUCGUGCCGAACUUAAAGAAUUAAUUCAGUAUCAUGAAACGUCUACCGAUCGCGGAGGUGAUUUAAUGAAGGAUAGCGUCACGAUAAUACGAGGUGCAUUGGAUUUACAAGAUAAAGUCGUUAAACAAAUAAUGACACCGAUUGAAAGUGCAUAUAUGAUACCUAUUGAAACCAUAAUGGAUAGGAUCACUAUGAGAGACAUUUACACAACUGGACACUCACGGAUUCCUGUUUUUGAUGGAUCCCGAGAUAAUAUCUUGGGCGUAUUACUGGCCAAGUCAUUGAUUAUGUUUAGUCCGGAUGAUCCAAAACCCUUGAGAGAAUUUCCAAUAAAUUCGAUCCCACCAGUUGAAGCUGAAACGCCACUUUUCGAUAUACUUAAUACAUUUCAAGAAGGAAGAAGUCAUAUGGCAGUAGUAGUUAAAGGGAAUCCUCCAGUACCGAUUGGGAUCGUAACUUUGGAAGAUGUACUUGAAGAAUUAAUUCAAGAAGAAAUUUAUGAUGAAUCUGACGCGAGAAUAGGUUUAGCCGUUAAAUUGGAUACUGGAGAUCAAUUAAUUUUGGCUUCAAAAAGGCGACGUGGAGCAAACCAUAAUAAGGGUAAAUUCAAAAGUUCACAACCAAAAAGAUCACAAACAGCUCCUACAAGUCCACAUUCUUAUUUACACGGAGAUGAUAACGAGGAACACGAAAGAGAUUUGAUUAUUUUUGAUGAUCCUAAUCACCAGAGUUUAAGAGUAGCAAAGUAA